CACGAAUUGCGGCUGUACAGUGAAAAGGCUGAUGUUGAAUUAGACCGUCUUGUACAAUGGCGCUGACCCGGUUUGAACGGUUCCUGUCCUCGGUGCUGCGCGGGGUUGUAAGGAUGCUGUUCGCCUUUUUCCAGCUCUUCGCACCGCGGGGGGGACCGGACGGCUCUAAGAGACUCCCACCAAUCACGAACCCACUUUUGAGGGUCCCUGCGAUGCGGCUCGCUCAGAUGAUACGACGGAGAGAGGUGAGCAGUGUGGAGGUGGUCCAGGCGUACAUUGACCGCAUCCAGGAUAUCAACCCUCUCAUCAACGCCAUGGUCAAGGACAGGUUCUCCCAGGCCCUGCAGGAGGCUGCACAGGUGGACAGGCUGGUGGAUGAGGAGACAGGAGGAGGGGCCGGGGAGGAGGUGCUGGAGGAUAAACUACCCCUCUUGGGCGUACCCUUUACAGUCAAAGAAGCCUUCACUCUGCAGGGCAUGCCCAACUCUACGGGCCUGGUGUCGAGGAGGGGCAUGGUCUCGGGGACAGACGCCCCUCCUGUGGCAUUGCUGAAGCGUGCUGGGGCCAUACCUCUGGGCGUGACCAACUGCAGCGAGCUGUGCAUGUGGCUAGAGUCCCACAACCGCCUUUACGGGGUCACCAACAACCCCUACGCCCUGGAGAGGAUACCCGGAGGAAGCUCUGGAGGGGAGGGCAGUAUCCUGGGGGGAGGGGGGUCAGUGAUCGGGGUGGGAUCGGAUGUGGGGGGCAGCAUCCGCAUGCCCGCCUUCUUCAACGGCAUCUUUGGACACAAACCCACACCAGGCGUAGUGAGCAAUGAGGGCCAGUUCCCGCCAGCUUCAGGGCUGCAGCCUGGGUUCCUGUGUACGGGCCCCAUGUGUCGUUACGCCCAGGACCUGCUGCCCAUGCUCCGGGUCAUGGCGGGCCUCAAUGCCGACAGGUUGAACCUCUCGUCAGAGGUGGAUCUGAAGAAGCUGCGGUUCUUCUCGGUUCCUCACGAUGGAGGAUCUCCGCUGGUGUCUCCUGUCGACCCUCAACUGAUCCAGGCUCAGAAUAGGGUGGUGGAACGUCUGGAGGCGGACCUGGGAGUCAAAGUUGAGCAGCUGAAGAUUCCUCAGCUCAAAUACUCCUUCCAGAUCUGGGGAGCCAUGAUGGCUGCUCCUGGGAAGGACGGGAAGCUGCCCAUCAUGUUUGCAGAGCUGAUGGCCAAUCAGGGGAAGAGGGUGUGGCCUGUCUGGGAGAUGGCUAAGUGGAUCCUGGGGUUCUCCAAACACACCAUGGCAGCUAUCGGUCUGGCCACUGUGGAGAUGUUCCAGCCCACCCAGCCCAGCCAGUUCAUCCUGCAGCAGAGAGAGUCUCUCCAGAAGGACUUGGAGGAGCUGCUGGGGACUGAUGGGGUGCUGCUCUACCCCUCUCACCCCCACCUGGCCCCCCGGCACCACCAUCCUCUAUUCACGCCCUUCAACUUCUCCUACACAGGUAUCUUUAACAUCCUGGGUCUGCCUGUGACCCAGUGCCCCCUGGGGCUGAGCACAGAGGGCCUCCCACUGGGGGUGCAGCUGGUGAUGGGGAAGAUGCAGGAUCACCUAGGCCUGGCCAUGGCUGUCUACCUGGAGCAGGCCUUCGGGGGCUGGAGGGACCCGGCGGAGGCCUCACCGUCCGCCUGAGACACACAAACAUCUACACACGCGCACACACAUCUUGAGCACAUAGAGCUGUGUCUCACACACACACACACACACAUAUAUACCCCUAUCCUGAGCAUAUGUCGAAUAUACAUACACAUAGCAUACACUGAUAUCAGGAGGAAACUAUGAAUACAAACAGACAGACAAAAACGUGAAAAAAAGUUUGAAACAUACACAAGCCUAUUUGCACACAAUCUUCUCCUCCCGCCCCCCCCCCCCCUCCCUCAUUUUCCUCGUCUACUCCCCUUGUCUACAAGUCCACCACUAAGUGUCCUAUACGUGUCCAAAGAGGCUCUGCUGUCUUUUCUCUCCUCCUGUCUAAAGGAUAACUGAUGUCCAGUCUGUAGAGUGAUUUCUAUUGUGGUUUUUAGUAGUUCUGUCUGCUCUAAACUGGAGAGGAGCUAGAAACAUCUUGGAAGGAGAAGUUUAACGAAUGUCUUACUUUUUUUCAAAGUGCAUUUUUAAGGUCAGGCUUUUUUGACAAUGGGUGAUAUGCUGCUGUUUUGUGACUGCACUUUGAUUUAUCUACUGUAACAUACCCGAAUGACGCAUUUUAGACGCCGCUGUUAUUGUGAUAUAUUUUAGAAUGUUACAUAGUUUAACUAAUGAACACUAUAAUGUAAGUGUAUAUAAGUAUUAUAAUAUACAGUACAAUAUAAUGUUAAAUAAAUUGCACAACAUAUACAAUGUU